AAGCCAUAUACAGCUACUGCUCAGGCCACUGUCAACCCACUGCUGCUUAUCAUCAUUAUACUGCUGCUCUCGUUGGUAUAAAGGCUCCUCUUUCUCUUUACUAGAUCCGCAUUCAUUUGACUAUGUGCAGGGGAUUAGCCACGCUUCCUGCGACUUGCCUGAAAAGUGCCAAAGACAUCAAGCACAAGAUAGGCUUCUUACUGCAGAAGCCCGAGCCCCAGACAGUCAGCCAGAAGCAGACCAACAAGGAGACUAAGAGAGAGGUCUCGGCUGCGGAGUUGGGGAAAUGGAAGAAGUCCUUUACCGAUCUCAUGAACAGUGAGGAUGGUCGCCAGGUCUUCACGAACUUCCUGAGGUCAGAGUUCAGCGAGGAGAACAUAGAGUUCCUCAACGCCUGCAAGGAGUUCAAGCAGUUGUCCCCUGCAAAGAUGGCUGCCAAGGCCAAGCUUAUCUUUGUCAAAUACGUUGAGACGGACUCACCCAAACAGGUCAACCUGGAUGCAGCCACACGUGAGGGGACCCGGCAGAACCUGGAGACUGGGAGCCCGUCGGCCUCCAGCUUCGACGAGGCCCAGCGCCUGAUCCACAUCCUGCUGGAGAAGGACUCCUACAGACGCUUCCUCCAGUCCAGAGCCAUGCAGGACCUGAGCCUCCGCUCUAAAAGCCGCAGUACAGGGACCCAGCAGCGGCAGCAGAAGACUGCUGGAGCCUAGAGAGGACCAAAAACACUAAAAGAAUGAAAUAAUUAAAGAAAAUAUUGAAUUAAAUUAAAUGGAGAAAAUAUAGAAUGAUAUGUAAGUUAUAUGGGAUCAGGUUGGCAGCUAGUGUAGAAACACGAGUGUGAGUGUUUAUAUGUGUUGUUUAUGAGUGUUGUGUGUGUGUGUGUGUGUGUGUGUCUUUGUGUUUGUGUGUGUAAUAUAUAUCUUAUCUAUAGCCAGUGUGUUUGGUAAAUGUAAGUUUGUAGUUCAGCCAAUAGCAAAGGGAACAAUAUAUGUGAAAGUGUUUUACUUUAGUUUAGUUAGAAUUUGAGUCCCCAACCCUAACCCUUAUUUAUAGUAGUAAUUAUUCCCUCAUGCAACGAGGGGAUUAAACAUUUGUUACAUUCAGGCUACAUCCAUCCAAAUAUGUGGCCAAUAUGUUAUAUGUAAAAAAAGAAAAGAAAAAAGGAUGGUGCCCUAUGAGGCUGACUUGUGUUGUUAUAAAACUUUGUUUGAACACAGCCAAGUAUACAAGCUGAGCAUGAUGUAACGAUUGAGCAUGUUGUAUAAAUUGAUAAAACAACAAACAUUACACAAAAAACAGCACAACAGAACAACCCAAGUCUACCUCUGUCUAAAUGACAUGGAUGGAAUAUAAUGCAUGUGCACGUGAACAUAAACACAGACGUAAAGGUGCACGCAGAGAAGAAAACCGAGGAAAAUUUUUCAUCAAAGGUUUUUGCACAAACUUCAACAAUUUCACUUUUAAUACUUUAUAUGGUGUAUUUGAAUACAGCAUAGAGAUGUUGAUAAAGCAAAGUGAAGAAAAUCAUGCCAUAAUCAUGUCAGACAUUAUUAUGAACCUGAAAUGCAAUUUCUGUAGUCUCAGCAGUGUACUGUCAAACCUGUGUGUAUUAUCUCACAGGUGUAGCGAUCUGCUGUUCAUAAUAAUGUGAAUGUAACCAAGAUUGAAUAAAGAUUUACUUUGGG